AGCGGUCCUCAGGGAACUUUCAGAUCCAAGGUAGGUUGGAGCAAAAAUGUGGACCGCCUGGAGGUCCCUGAGGACAGGGCAGUUGUAGACAAGACAUGGUGACCCCUGGUUCCUAUCAGCACCACUGUAAGGAAAUCUCUACGAUGAACCACUUCACACUAAACCACUCCGAAUUAAAUUUCGAAAAAGCGGUAGAACUGUCCUUCAGGGUGUUUUCUGAGUGUGAGUUUAGGCUACUCCCCACCUUUGAGUCGCACACUCUGUUGGCGAUACUCAGUGAUAAUAGCUUAUCACUAAUCCGCAGCGAACAGAAAACGGCGCUCGUGUCAAGCUCGCGAGGACUACAGGUGCCGCGAGGUUCGUUGUUUUAGAUUUGUCGUGUUUUUUCUCGAGAAACGGACUCGUCGUGAUUAACACGUCUGGUAAUUACCUCGUAGACACAGAAUAGCUCCAUAGGGAGGCGUCUGGAGGAACCACGCUCAGAGAGGAGAGCAACAGAGGAGCAGAGAAGGAGAAAAGAAGCCACCGGCUAAAAUUACCGCAGCAAAAUCCGGCAUUUUACCUGAGGAGCGGAGGACAGCUCACCACAGAGAGUGAUCACCGCACUGUUAAGCAGCUUCAGCCUCAGAAUGAGGAUUAAACUUCGACGUCCUUCACUAUUUGGAGUUUUUGAGUGUGUUUAUGUGGAGCAGUGAAGGAACACCCUCCCACAGCAGCGGCGCUGGAAAAUCUGGAAAACGCAGGCCUGACUUCAAAGCGCUACUUGGAGACACUGUGAAAACAAAAGCCAGACAGAAAGAUCACUGACCACAAAGCAACAGUGUUGGUCUCUAAUGUUUUUCGGGUUGCAACCCCAACACAAUGGACUUUGUCAGGUGGAUUUGUGUGGUUUACUGUUUGAUUGCUGCACAAUUGCAGUGGACAUGUUGGGGUCUGUCUGUGAAGUUCCUCUAUAAGGAGCCCAUCUACGUAGCAUUGGGCAGGACGCUUGUUUUGGAAGCUCAGUUUGAGCUACAGCCUGGAGAAAAUAUCCGCAUGGUUAUGUGGGAUCGUAAAAAGGACUCCGAGGUCAGGCUUGUCACAGAUGGAAGACCAACUGACAGAAGAAUAUCUGUGGACAAGAAUGGAGCACUAUUGAAGCUGACUGGAGUCACAGAAAGCGACUAUGGGUCCUAUGUUGUUACCGUCACAGAUGAUAAUGGAGACCAGACGCUUUCUUCUGUGGAAGUGCGAAAUGUUCAGAGGCCUCCUGUGGCAGUCCUUUCCCUGGAGUGUACUGUGGUAACCAAGGGAGCACAAUGGGACAAGCCUGUGUUUUCAUGGUGGGUGGAUGGACAGGAGAUAACCAAUAAAACAGGAAACCUAUCAGCAGAUGGCAGGAAGCUCCACCUAUCAGGCAGUCUGGGUGAUAACUACACUUGCGUCAUUGACAGCAGCCAGGGGACCAGCGUAGUGCAGCACUUAAGAGCCCAUGACCCAGACCCAACACCAACCCCAACACCAGUCCCUGAACCUAGCCCAAAGCCCGAGAGCCCUGAGCCCUGCACUGGACGAUUUGUGGUCUUGUCAGUUAUUGCUGUAAUUUUAGCAGGGUUCUGGAUCUGGGUGUGGUGCCGGGAAGUGAGAGACCAAACCACUCUGUGACUCUCCAUUUCGAUGACUCCAAAUUAGAUAGUCUCAACACUGUGCAGUAAAUAAGAACAGAAGGCUUUUUCAUUUAGAAAUGUUAUUUGUUUAGAUUUUUGUUCUGUUAACUAAGACUGAUUUGAAAAAACUGCUAAAUAAUGUAGGAAAUUCAAAUAUCCCCUCAUUUCAUAUUUAAAUGUAAGCACUUUAAAGAUAUAAUAUUAAAUGGGCAACAACUUUUGCAGUGGCCACAUUUUUUCACUAUAUGUACAAAUGUAUUGGGACACCUACACAUUACACACACAGGAGCUUUAAUGACAUCCGAUUCUAAAUCAAUAGGCAUUAACAUGGAGUUGGUCCCCCUUUGCACCUAUAACAGCUUCCACUGCUCUGGAAAGCUUUCUACAAGAUUUUGAAGUGUGUCUGUGGGAAUUUUUGUCCAUUCAUUCAGAAGAGCAUUUGUGGGGUCAGACACCGAUGUUGGAUGAGAGGGCCUGGCUCUAGUUCAUCCCAAAGGUGUUCGGGUGAGGGCCAAUCAAGUUGAUCCACACCAAACUCACCCAGCCAUGCCUGGUGGACGUCGCUUUGUGCAGAGGGGCACAGUCAUCCCACGAAGUUGGAAGCAUCCAGAUGUCUGAAAUACCGAAGCAUUAAGAUUUCUCUUAACUGGAAAUAAGGGGUCUAGGCCAAGCCUGGAAAACAGCCCCAUAGCAUUAUCCACUGGACCUCUCCACCCCCCAAGGUGUUUCUGAUAAACUGGCCAUUGGGUGUAGGUGUGAGGGAGGUGUAAUAAAUAAAUACAUCUCUACUAUUUUUACAGAAAUAGCACUUUAUUUUUAUUUAACAUAGAAAUUAAACGUCUAAAAUCUAUAUAUUUUCAGAUGUUCAGAAUAACACUUCCACUUUUUUGACUUUGGCAUUCUGUGUGUAUACAAAAACAAUAAAGUUUAAUAUGUUCUCUCUUUGAACUGUUUUCUGAUUGGAACAACACAUUCAGUUGUUGGAUUUACAGAUGGUAGCUUAUUUAUAGUGCACACAUAUUUCAGUGAUGCAUGGUAAAUCAUCUUAGUAGUAACCUAGCCCAGCAAAAUGUCUUAUUGGUCAUCCCAGAAAGUACUCUGUGAAUGUGAAAAAAGGAAAGCAGUGGUUUAGUACAUUGGAGUCGCAUUGGGCGUUUUAGAUCAAGAAAAACACAACUUAAAGAGCGUGUAUAGAAUGUAUAGAUUUCAUUAUUGUACCAAAUACAGAGCAAACUGCAAAGACUGGAAAUCCAAAGAAGCUCCUGUGUAAGACUUGAAAAGUUUUAGACCUGAUAAAAUCAUGAAAGUGACAAUCCCUUUACUAAACAUGGACUUUCAGUUCGGUUUACAACACAAGUGAGAAUAAUGCCUUUGGUCAGUUCAGGAAAAGGAAAAGGAAAUCAGAAAGCUGCUCGGCUGAAAGCAGGGCGACGCCUAGCGACCUUAAUGGCGGACAUACGUACGUUUUUUUCCUUUAUGCACCCGAAUUCUGAGAAUAGCCCCGCCCUCUCGUGCUACGAUUGGCUUAGGAGUUCAUAACAACAGGAAGACCAGCGUAAAGCCCCACCCCGCCGCCGUAGAACGGCGAAUCGCUCUUUAGCCUGAACCACAAGCCAAUCCUAACGCAGAUAUUGGAAUGCUGCGAGCCAAUCAGGGCGCAGAGGGCGUGGUUUGUCAGCAAACGGUCGAUAAAUAAAAGGUGCACUUUGAGCUGUAAGGGCGGUUCUAGAGCUGUUAUGUCUUAUAAACCCUGCUUUUGGCAACACACAGCGCUCAUAUUUCACUCAGCCCAGCAUCAGAUUGUGCUUCUUUUCUCUUCUCAAGCUUUUUCAGUCUAGUUUGGGAGGAGUCCUGAUCAUGUUAACCUGACUCGCUUUACUGCGCAGUGUUUGUGCUUAAAGGUUGAGAGGUCUAGAAACACUUGGUACUCCAAUAGGUGUCCGUCAUGGGACUCGGACCGCAGAGUCGCUGGGCUGUCCUCCUUUUCCAAGUCUUUGUGCUGCAGGGUUGCCAGUGCGUUUCUGUGCGUUUCCCAAGCCAGCAGCCCAUCUAUGUGGUCAGCGGAGAGAAUCUGAUCCUGCAGGCCCAGAUAGACCAGUCUCCGGGAGAGUUCAUCUCCAAGGUAACAUGGGAGCAUGAGGCAGAGGCGACGAAGAAUUCUGGGAAAACUACAGUGGCUGAAUUUCCUUUUAAAAGCUCUGGCGGUCGGGUGACUGUAGAAAAGGACGGAGCUGUUAUGAAGCUGUCGAACUACCAGAGAACAGACAGUGGAGUGUACACCAUAACAGUCACAAACCAGCAUGGAGGUCAAGCUUCAGCACGCUGCAACGUCCAUGAGUACGAGGCUGUGCACCACGUGUCUGUGAUGGUGAAUGUGUCCCACUCUGUCCUGCACUGUCGCGAGGCAUGGGGCACUGAUCCUGUGUUCAGCUGGCUGCAUGAGAAGGCUGCAGUGACUGAGGCUGUGGGCAAAGUGUCUACUGAUGGAAGUUCACUGCAGUUGUCCAUCCCACUCUGCGGACACUUCACUUGCGUAGUGUCUAAUAAACUGGGCCACAGCUCCGCCACCUACACUGGAGUGCCUUGUGAGAGAAGUAACGGAGGGACAGCUGUAGCCAUUGUGAGUCUCCUGUUUGUGCUGCUGCUAGCUGGAGGUUUGACCUUCCUGCUCUGGAGGAGACACAGGCAUUACAGCAGCAGAAGGGAGAGACUCCAAGAGUCGUUUGAAGAUACUGUUUAAUCUCAGCACUCAUGUCCUCAGAAGAUCCAGCACACAGGGCUGGACCCACAUAUUUCGGCGAGGAUGGAAGGGUGGAGGACGAAUGACCCCCGACAGGCCUGUGUCCUCCACCCCGGCACUGUGACCCUAAAGGAAUACUGAUAACAUGCUAACAGCAAAUGAACAGCAUAUGAAACAGCAAAUUCCCUGUGAGGGAAUGUUAGCAUUAUGCAAGUGAAGAGACAUUAAAGGUUUCCUGCUAUCUUUUAAACACAGUUAGACAUGAGCGUGUUUGGCUGAAGUACUUCUCUAAAGAAGAAGCCUUGAAGAAGGGAAGGAAGCUGAUGGUUAGACUCUGUUUGAAGCUUUCGGGCAAGGAUCACGCGCAAUUGACUGCUGGUUUCUGGAUUUAGCAAUACUGUCUUUGACGCUGAGCUGUUUGUGAAACACAAAAUGUACUGUACUUCUCUAAUUACCUUAUACGUUUCAAGCUGAGUGCUUUUUUCAAGUGAUGUUUUAUGCAUGUUUCUUUAAAACUUUCAUGGUAGUGGUUGUGUCAGAUACUUUUAAGCACUUACAAAGCAGCCAGAAGGUAGAGCUAAUGCAUUACCAGUGCUUGAAAGGGGGGCUCCACCAAUUUUUUAAGAAUUCUGCAUACUUAGAGUCAGAAUUGUUCACAGUGGUGGCAAUAGGAACCAGACACCCACCUCUAAAAGCUCCCUCACAGCAAGUUAUUUUAUUUUACCAUCAUCAACAUUCCAUAUGAAACCUCAGAAGACACAUGUAGGUUCACUGCUGGUUUUGGAUAGUAAAUAAAAUGGCUAUAUUUGUGUUGUAGUCAUGGCGACCCCUGGUUCCUAUCACCAACACUGUAGAGUUUCUCUACAAUCACCCAUUUCACACCAACCCUCUCUGAAUGACUCUGUUUAUAUCAAACCCACUAAUUUAUUCAGAAAUAAUUGGUGGAAUUCCCCUUUAAACUCAGAAACAGGAACUGCUGUUGAAGAGUUUUACUUUCACAACUCUAAAGCCCUCAUUAAAAUGUACAGUAUGUACAUUUCCCAUGCUGUCUGCUCAGAACAAGCCCCAAGGAAGCUGUGGUGCUGUUUUAGCUUUUGCUGCCUGAGGUUUUCAAGCAGGGCUCUUUUAGUUCAUGAAGAAGGGUUUGUAUGUGUGUUACUGUUUAUGUUCAUAUGAAUGUAAACUGGAUGGUUUACCAAC